UACUCGAAGGCAAAUUUCAUACCAAUUAUACCCAAGACCCCACCUACCACAUUAUAGAUUCCCAUCUCAACCAAAAAAUAUUUACCUAACUUCUUAGAUUUCUUCACUGUAUUCCCUUUCCACAACCCCCUAUAAACAGACACCUCUUGCAUAUCUAAUACCCCAUCCAGAUUUCUAAUGGCAGCAACUAAAGGUCUUGUGUUUGCUAUGCUUCUUAUUGCUUUUGCUUUUGUGCUCCUUGUGGAAUCAGCCCAAAUGGCUAUCACAACUCAGGUUGAUAGCCCUCUUCCUGGCGAGAUAGAUUGUGGGGAAGCUUGUGAUGCGAGAUGCCAAUUAUCGUCGAGGCAAAAGAUCUGCAAGAGGGCAUGUGGAACCUGCUGCGCUCGCUGUCAAUGCGUUCCACCAGGCACUUCAGGCAACUAUGAUGUUUGUCCCUGCUAUGCUAACAUGACUACACAUGGUGGCAGGCACAAGUGUCCCUAGGCAAUGUUCUAUAAUGAUGAUGUUACAUCUCAGAUCACACAUAUCCAAAAUAAAGAAUAAUUGAGAUAAUAACUUCGAUUCUAGAAGUA